AUGCCUGCGGGAUAUUCGAAACGUCGAGAGCGCGUCAAUGUUGUGUGGAAGCCCGUGCAUGCGAUAGGAGUGUUGAUACUAGUAUUAACCUUUGUGGAUACGUCGACGGUUGUACGUGUCGUGCGCGUGUUGCUCUUCCUGUAUUUUGUUGUGUCGAGUCUGGACUUGGGACUUACUCGCUACCAUUUGUGGAAGUUUGAGCCCACAACUCCUACUCUUAAACGGUACGCGCUGGUAACUGGUGCAUCCUCGGGACUUGGCAGAGAAAUGAGCUACAUGCUGUCAGAGAAAAAGUAUUCACUCGUGCUGGCUGCACGUACUGAGAAGGUUCUACAGCGAAUGCGUGCGGAGAUAGAAAUGGUGAAUCAUCCAGCUGAAGUGCUUAUCUGUCCUUGUGACUUGUCGAAAACUGAAGGUAUUACCAAGCUUAUCGAUUUUGUCAAGGACAAGAAAUUAGUUAUCGAUAUUCUUGUCAACAACGCCGGAGCUUGUCAGAUCAAAGACUUUGCAGAGCUGGAAGAGAAGGAUAUCGACGACAUGAUGAUGCUUGGCAUGCAUGCGCUGGUUAAAGUGACUCGUGCGAUUGUACCGCAAAUGAUAGAACGCAAGAUUGGGCGCGUGUUGAACAUCAGCUCCACUUCCGGAGCUUGUGCGCUACCGACGGCAGCGUUAUACGGUAGUAGCAAAGCUUUUGUCACUAAUUUCAGUCAAGCUUUGAGCUAUGAGCUGCGUUCGACGGGUGUGACGGUCACGUGUAUGUGUCCUGGACCGAUCGAUACCAAUUUUGGCAAGUCGGCAGAUAUGGAAAAGGCGAUGAUUUUUACGCUACCAGGGAUCGCAGCGGAUGCUAAAAGUUCGGCCAAAGUGGCAUUGGAUGCUAUGUUUAAUGGCGAAGUACUUGUCUUCGACACGUCAUUUGCUUACUUAUCUGCUACGUUGGUACAGUGCAUUCUACCGGGUCGCCUUGCAACAUUUAUCUGCGGUGCUUUGAUGAAAGAGCGUAGGGACAUUGGGCGAAUGCUCAAGAGAUAA